UCGGCCCGCGGACGUCGAGCGAGCGAGUGGUUUCGACUGCGUGUUACCAACUUGCUGUUUACAAUACAUUCGGAGUUUUUGUUUUUAUUGUUUUCGACUGCGUGUUACUAAAUAGUUUACUUGAUAUACUUUCGGACUUUUGUGUGGUUAUUGGAGCUUCAUUUGUUUUGGUGGACGUAAUAAAUAGUAGCCAUGGAGGUGGGAGUCCGGCUGCUGGGCAUAGUGCUGCGACUGCUAAACUUUCUGCUGGCACCGCUCUUCUGGUUUCGUACUCGCAACCGCCGCGCUGUGCCGCGCCCACCGCACCCGCUGCUCUUGCGGAGCGCGAAAGAGCAUGCCACCGCUAUACGAUCGGGGGAGAUAACCAGCGAAGAACUGGUCAUCGCCUACAUAAACCGAGUCCAAGAAGUGAACCCGCUCCUAAACGCUGUGGUGGAAGAACGCUACAGGGCAGCUUUGGAAGAUGCGAAAGAGGUGGACCGGUGCUUGAAUGAGGCGAUCAGGACUGGCACCUUGGAAGAGCUGGUCGCAGCGAAGCCUUUGCUUGGAGUUCCUUUCACGGUGAAGGAAAGCUGCUCGCUUGCUGGUCUUUCCAACGCAGUAGGCUGCCUAGAAUACGCCGGCCGCAAGGCGACAGAAGAUGGCGGCGCAGUCCGUUUGGUUAAAGAGGCUGGUGGAAUUCCGCUCUUGGUGUCCAACACGCCGGAACUAUGCCUGGGCUGGGAGACCAACAACCUUCUGAAGGGGACCACCAACAACCCUUACUGCUUGAGCAGGACGCCUGGUGGCUCUUCGGGCGGAGAGGGUGCGCUGCUGGCGUGCGGCGCUUCAGCGGUAUCAGUGGCAUCCGACAUCGCGGGCUCAAUCCGCGUACCAGCCGCUUUCUGCGGCGUCUUCGGACACAAGCCCACGCCUGGCAUAAUCCCGAUCGAUGGGCAUAUCCCAACGCUCAGCGAUCCGAAGUUCCCAAACUUCCUGACGGUGGGCCCCAUGGCGCGGCGCGCGGAAGACCUGCCUCUACUUAUGAACAUCAUGGCGGGAGACAACCGGCAUAUGCUCAACUUGGACGAGCCUGUCGACCUUAGCACCUUGCAGGUAUACUACAUGACCGAGGCGGCGAAAUCCCUGGCUCUGUUGAACGUGGACAAGUGCAUCAAGGACAAGAUCAAACGGGCUGUCAAGUACUUAAGGACGGAGUGCGGAUCCAAAAUAUGCAAGGAAAAAUUUAAGGACUUAGAAGACUCUGUAGAAAUGUCAGUUUCAGUGUUCUUCUCGAUGAAAGACAUUCCCAACAUGCUGCAGGAUCCCAACGACCCUAAACUCAACAAAAGCCUGUUCGUGGAACUAGUGAAGACAAUGUUCGGCGGUGCCGCGCGAUCGCUGCAGGGACUCGGCUUUACCGUCAUAGCGCGGAAUAAUCUCUUCAUCCCUGCGGCAAGGCGGGAGCAUUAUGAAGAGAAGGCGGCGAGGCUCAAGGAACAACUCAUAGAAACGCUCGGCGACAAAGGCGUGCUGCUCUACCCGGUGUUCCCGGGCGCGGCGCACGCGCACGGCCGCGUGUUCGUGCGCGCGGCCGGCGUGCUGUACUCCAUGCUGUUCAACGUGCUCGGCUGCCCCGCCACCGCCGUGCCCGUCGGCACAGACGGCCACCUGCCCGUCGCUAUACAGGUCAUAGCCGCUCCAAAUCAAGACAGACUGUGCUUAGCCGUGGCCAAACAACUUGAAAUUGGUUUCGGCGGCUGGUGCCCGCCACAGUAAUCCAUCCCACUGCGAAGGUCGCCGCGAUGGACUAACCUAUGACGUCGGCAACCACAAUAUGAUGACAAUCUUCUCACCAUUCCUCGUGACCUAGUAUAAAUAUUGGGACGUGCUAACGGCCAAACGUAGGUUACUAUUAGGUCAGAGGCUUUCAAACUCUUCUAUGUACUUGGUGUAAUAAAAAUAUCUUGCAUUUAACUCUACUGUGGUGACUAAGACUAGGUUAAAAAUAAAUCGUUGACUGAUCUUUUAUCGAUCACAGGCAUCUUUUUUAUUAUAAUCUUACUGCUGCAUAGCCAGUGUAGACGUAGAAAGAAACAUAUUUUUGGUCCGAAAUGUACAUUAUUAUAUCAGCCAUACUUAACUAAUUUGAUCAGAUAAAAAUACUCUUUGGAAUGGAAAUUUAAAUAGAAAUUUUAAGAUUGUGUCCCCCUAUACAUACAAAACUUUUGGAUACGGUAAUAGGUUGAUCUAUUGUAUUUUCUAACAUUUUCAUACUAUUUUUUGUGAGACGGUAAUUUAGUUUGGGAACCGCUGUACUACUAUAAAUAUUACGUAUAAGUAACUCUUAAAUUAUAUCUGAGAAAGGAAAUCUGUCUAUCUGUAUGUUAGAUUAGCCUAAAAUUUUGAUGAAUUUUGGUGUAAGAAAGGUUGGAUUGGACUAAAGAAGGACAAACAUUGUCGCAAAAAAUUUAGUAGGGUGAAAUUUGAAAGGGGCAAAUAAAGUGUGAUAAGGAAUCCAUAAUUCGUAAAGAAAUGAAAAUUAAUAUCUAGGCUACUGAUAAAAAAUUAAGAGUGCUUCUGAAUAGUUUAGAUUUUAUAGCCAUUGAUCCCAAGACGCGGGAGAAAGAUUCAGAAAAUAUUGAAAUUCACACGAACGAAGAUCAGAAGUUCAUUCCAAAUAUUAUAUUACAGUAGGUUAAGUGUAUAUCAACAAACCACAUGUAUGGCGUGGUUGAUUUUCUACCGAGGAACGACUACUUAGUAUCGUAACUAGGCUAUUUUAGAGUUAAUAAAUGUUUUGUACGACUGUAUUUCAAUGGUCGCAUCAAUGAAAUUGGUGUCUUAUAAUAAUUGAUGUGUAAAUUAAUAAAUGUUGUUUUAUUUAUGAUGGUCAUCGGCGCACGCCAUUUAAUUUUUUAUUAUAAUUCGCUCAAAACAUCUUGCUAUUUAUUGUAAUAAAUAUUUCUAUUGGUUAAGGACAAUUUCUGUGAUUGAUGUUAUUUCAUUUAUUCAAAUAAAUGUAUACUUUAUAGUAAUAUAAUCGUUAAUCGUUAGCCGUGUGGUGACGGCAGAGUAGAAUACAUUUGUCACCAACCCCUACUCUUCCCGCGGGUGUCGUAAGAGGCGACUUAGGGACUACACAUCAAACAGAGAAUGGGCAGCAGCGCUCUCUGAAAAACAUCAAUCUUUUAAACUGCGAUCUCCAACCCGCCUGCCAAGCGUGGAGAUUAUGGCAAAACCCUCCACUAUAGUGGAGGAGGCUCAUAGUCCAGCAGUGGACUGUAAAGGGCUGUUGAUGAUGAUGAUGAUGAAUCGUUAAAGUGUGUUAGUUACCAUUUUAAACUUAAUGAUAGCUAAAAAUAAAUGUUAUAAAAAGUCAAGUUGAUAAAAUCUACUUACCUGAUUGUUUAAUUUCAAAUCACCUCACAAUAUGCUUUGUUAUGGAAUAUUUAGUGUAAACUGAUAAAUCAAAUCAUGUCCUCCUUCAAUUCAGUUUGCAGGUAGAUAUUUUUUAUAAACAUGCUGUUUAUUAUGUAAUUUUGUUGAAUGACACAAAUAAACGAUGUUGUACUAAUAAA